AUGGAAUCGCCCGUAGCGGGCAUUAGCAGAGGGCCCGCAGUGAGUUUUUCGCGUGGCCCGGCGCCCUGCGGCUUCCUGGACCGCCCCCCGCCGCCCCCCGACCCCGCCGGCGGCCCCUGCCGCCCGCAGCCUGGAGCACCUCCGGGCCGUCUGCAGCAGCCGAGCGCGGAGCGGCGCGGCGCCGGCUGGGCUCCCUGGUCCACGUGGAGCGCCUGCUCGCGCACCUGCGACGGCGGCGUCGCCUCGUCGCUGCGCCGCUGCCAGGCCGCCGCCGGCUGCGUCGGCGAGUCCAUCCGCUACAAGAUAUGCAACAUGCAGGCGUGCCCCGAGCCGGGCGACUUCCGCGCGCAGCAGUGCGCCUCAUUCGACAAGGAGCCGUGGAGGGGCGCCGAGCUGCGCUGGUUGCCGCACCAGCAGGAGGCGGCGCCGUGCGCGCUCACGUGCCGCGCGACGCGGCCCGACGGCUCGCACGUGGUCGCCACGCUGGCGGCCCGCGUGCAGGACGGCACGCGCUGCCGCUCCGGCUCGCUCGACAUGUGCAUCAGUGGCCAGUGCCAGCGCGUCGGCUGCGACCUGCGCAUCGGCUCGUCGAAGCGCGUCGACGCGUGCGGCGUGUGCGGGGGCGACGGCUCCUCCUGCGCCAAGCCGCUCUUCCACUGGGAGCACGCCUCGGCCUCGCUCUGCUCGGCGCCCUGCGGCGGCGGGCGCAAGAUGUCUCGCCCGGUGUGCCGGAACCGUGUGACGGGCGCAGAGGCGGACGAGAAGCUGUGCAACGCCUCCCAGAAGCCGCCGCGCCUCUUCCUCAGCUGCAACGCACACCGGUGCCCGGCAAAGUGGGUGCCCGACCCCUGGGGACCCUGCUCUGCGACCUGCGGCAGCGGCCACCGGCGGCGAGGCCUGCGCUGCCUGCAGCAGGAGGGCAACGGCAGCCUCACGCUGGUUCCUGAGUCGGAGUGUCGCGGCCCGGCGCCACACCAAGAGGAGAGCUGCAAGGCCGCCGACUGCCCCACCUGGAGGGCCACGCCCUGGUCUCCCGUGAGUGCCGCCCGCUUUUACUGCUGCCGCCUGCCCAGCGCAUUAUGCUCGGCGACGUGCGGUGCGGGUGUGCAGACGCGCGCCAUAACGUGCGGCGACGCGGCGUCGCCGGCGCCCCCGGCGCUCUGCGACGCGGCGACGCGCCCCGUCCAGAAGCAGGCCUGCCACUCCGGCGUCGUCUGCCCAGGGCCCGUCUACCGCACAGGAGAAGAAGAGGAGGCGCUUCCGGGACAGGACCACACGCAGCCCUUGGUGCAACCGUAUCCGCCCACGGACGGCAGCUUCAUGGCAGGAAAAUGGGGCCCUUGCAGUGUAACUUGUGGUAUUGGAAUUCGCACGCGUGAUGUAUACUGCAGAAUAUAUUUGGAAUUCUCAAAAGCUUAUGCCAAGAUGCCUGAUGAAAACUGCCAAGGACCAAAGCCAUCAGAGUUUGAAAAAUGUAAAAUGCAGCCUUGUGAAGAUCAGAGCAUGAAUGAUACACUUCGAGAUGGCACACAGAGGGACCCAGCUUCGACAUCUCACAUCUCCCAUGGAGAUCCAGACAUAAAAGUGAAGGUUGCUCCUGGAUCGUCUGGGCCAUAUUCGUGGAAGUCACAAGGCUUCACUCACUGCAGCGCUUCCUGCUUAGGAGGUGUCCAAGAAUCCUUGAUAUCCUGUGUACAAGACAACAACCAAAAGACAGUGAGUCCGUAUUUGUGUGACAAAGAAACCAGACCGGAAGUACUGAUACGAACAUGUAAUGAUCACCCUUGUCCUCCACGGUGGAACUAUUCUGACUUUCAGCCUUGUUCAAAGCCAUGUGGCAUUGGAAUAAGGACAAGAGAAGUUAUGUGCAUACAUGAAGUCACAAGAGGUGGAGGAAACACUGUGAUAGUGCCUAACAACAUGUGUCCACAACCACCUCCUCCAGACAGGCAAUACUGCAAUGUCUUAGACUGCCCAGUGAAGUGGCACACAAAACCGUGGUCUAAGUGCUCGAAACCUUGUGGUGGGGGUAUAAAAACAAGAGAAGUUGAGUGCCUGCAAGUAAUGGCCCAGAACCAUAUAGUGCCACGUCCUACAUCACAAUGUCCUGCAUCUAAACCAGCUGACAAGAAGCCAUGUAACACUAAAGCUUGUUCUACACAUUCUGAUCGACCAAUUAUUGAUACUGAAAACAAAACUUUUAUCCAAAAGAACUCAAAUGACAAGAAAGUAAGUUUGAAGAUAGGAGGACAAGCAGUGGUGUUUGCAGGUGUUCAGGUGAAGAUAAGAUGCCCUGUUAGAAGAUUUAACAGAACGAAGAUCCAAUGGGAAAAAAAUAAUACACAGAUAGUAAACUCAAAGAAAUUUAAAAUAACAAAGAAAGGAGCAUUGAGGAUUCAGAACUUAAAUUUCAGAGACAAUGGAAAAUAUAGUUGUAUUGCUGGAUUAUCCAGGGCAGAUCUCUUCCUUUCUGUAAAGCAGCCUCUAGUGACAAGUUCAGAAGAACUGGAAAGGCAUUCACAUAAUCGUUUGCAGCAACAGAUGCCUAUGAACGAUAAGAACAUACAGAUGACAGGAGCAAGACGGGACCUUUUCUCACAAGACUUGAGCCAUGAGACACAACCAGAAGGUCAAAUGAAGCUAGGACGAACAUGGGCAUCCCAAUCAAGUUCAUCUACUCUUCAGCCUUCCCUUUCAUCACCAGAACCUCCAGGAGUUAAGUUGGGCGAGUUCAGUGCACCAACUAGUUCACCUGGCUCACUGGAGGAUCACAGUCCACAACUGUCAUCUGCAAGUUCAGGAAGUUCAAGAGCGGGUGUCCCUGCAAUGCCACAUUUCCAGCAACUGCUAGAAGGUUUGCAGGAAUUUUUACCUUUCCAGGCUUUCAGCAGCCCCAGGGGCCUUCGAACAAUUCCAGAAACUGCUGUAACAUCAUUUGGAACUAAAAGACAAAAUGAGGAAGAGGAAGAAUAUGGAGACGAUUAUUUUGAAUAUGACAAUGAGAAUCCUGUGUUUCAACUGGGAGAGCAGGAUAACAUUACUGAAGAGUCAACAGAGGAGCCAGUUAUCUCUCUCAGAGAAAAUUUAAAAUUUGACUGGAUGAUCACAGAGUGGUCCAAAUGUUCACAGACAUGUGGCAAUGGUGGAUUUCAGGUACGAGCUGCUCACUGCAUGCUUCAUGUUAAUGGAAGCACCCAGAGUGUUGAGAAUAGGCUGUGUGAGGAUGCGGGACUGCCAGUUCCUCCAACAAUGCAAAACUGUGGACUGGAAUUCUGUCCACAUUGGACAGCAGGAAACUGGUCACUCUGUGAGGAAUCGAGGUGCUUUACGUGGAACACAGCUAUGCAGCGCAGAGAUGUUACAUGUUUGCUGAGUAAUGGAACAGAAGUUAAUGGCUUGUGCAAUGAAUCAGAAAAACCUCCAGUAAGACAAGAGUGCUAUAAUGAUAAGUGUAAAGGAACAUGGAAAGUGGGAGAGUGGUCUGAAUGUACUGCACCAUGUGAGAUGCAAGGUAUAAAAUAUCGCAUUCUGCAGUGUGUGUGGUAUGGAACUAAGAAACCAGCAGGCAAUGCAUGCCGUGAACAGCCUCGACCACCAGUCAUGAAAGUUUGCAUGGGACCUCCUUGUGCUCAAGUGUUAGAAUGCAAGGAUCAGUCAAAAUACUGUCAGAUAGUGAGAACCAUGAAAGUGUGUGGUAUGUACCAAUACCAGUAUCAGUGUUGUCAGUCCUGCCGCAGUAAAGGUUAAUCUGGCAGAUUCAGUCAACUGUUUCUGCAAGAAGAGGGAAAACAUCUGUGUAUCACUAAAGUUAAAUAAAAGCAAGAUACAGACUGCGUACUACACAGUGAUGAUAUUCCUCUUUGAAAGAUGUAAAUAUUCUUGGGCAUUGGUAGUAGUGAUGUGGUCUCAGAAUUCUGUGUGUGAUUUUUUUUUUAACAGUGUGCUAAUGUUCUGCUUUUACCUUCAUAUGAAACACCAUAAUUUUGUGCUAUGUUUAUACCAACAUGUUUACACAUGGCUACAUUUCCUCUGUAUAAAUGAUCAAAACUUGUAAUAUUUCCAUGUGAACUUUAGUUGUGGACAUUGGAAUAUGUGCUAUAGCGUGUGAAAAUUUACCACAGUCCAAGUGAAAACAUUUCACAAACAGUUAUGACUUCACCUGAGAGUGUCUUACAUUGGCAAAAUCAGUGAUGUCAGCAAAAUAAAGGAAAAGCUGGCUCUUAAACUGUUGCCAAUAUAUUUGUUUUAAUAUGCCCAUCUUAAAUUUUCAUAUAGCUACACAAGUUGAAAUUCUUGUUCCACAUUCCAAAGAAUUUAUAUUUAUAAGUGUAAAUAAAAUAUCAAGAAAAUAAUGAACAUUGAGACUGUCAGAUUAAUGAAGACAAAACUAAAUGUGUGAAGUGCAGUGGAUUCUAUAUUUCCUAUUUACAUAAUAAAUCUGAAGUAUCUCUUCAGAAAAUUGCUAUUGUGCUGUCUAACUGAUUUUAUGCUUUGCAUGAGGAAAAAACUAAUCCCAGAGUAAAUAUGGGGCCAUCGUUCAUUUUUGUACACCAAAGGGAAGAUUAAAAAUGCAGAGUUUGUUAUCAUAGAAACUUCUGAUUUAGGACAUAUUCCAGAAUAGUCAUAAGUAUCUGAGUUACUGUAAAUAUUGAUAUUGGAAUAAUUCCUUUGAUACUGUUGUAAUCUUAAUAAAGUUUAAUUGGUCAUAUGUAAUUUUGCAAGUAAUUCAAAGAAUCAUUCUCAAAAUAUUCUGGUAUCCACAUCUAAUUACUUGAAAAAAUUGUGGGAAGAACAUAAAUGCAGCGUAAUUGCAACAUAA